AUGGAUAGAUUAACUAAAAGUAGUGAGCCAGUUGCCAAUAAACUGGAAUAUCUGAAAAGGUGGGUUACAAUUGCUAAACAGCAUUACGUACUUUAUCUUCCCUACGUCUGCAUCACAGCUCCAAGGUGUCAUGACCUUCUUAAAGGAGAGGACGACGAAUUAAAAUCAGACUAUUCCAAUAAUAACCACUAUAAACAUCUUUUUGUUGUUUGCAAUAAGAUGCUUGAAAAGAGAAAAGAUGACGGCGUUCUACAAACCUAUGUGAUGUUGGAUUCAGAUUUGCAUUCUGAGUUAAUGCGGAAAACCAUUGACGAUAAACAUUUGUUCCCACUAAUGCUUCAAGAUAGAGAAAACACCUUGAAGAAUAUUCAUGAACAUCAUCAACACGAAAUGACUUGGGACCAGUUCCAAAGUGCUGGGAAUUUGUUACUGGCUGAACUUGAACAGGAAAUAUUAAAAAACGAUUUGUUUUUAAAGCCUGAAAGUUGGGGUAUAGGUUUAGAUUCUGAACAAUCAAAAAAAGCUGAAAUGGAACUAAUUAAACUAUUUGUUAAAUCACAAAAGAAACUGAAUUUUAAAGUUAUUCAAACGGUGAGGUCGGUGUCCCAUGAAGCAAUACACAAAUCCAAGAAAGGAGACGAAGAGCUUAAGAAAACAAUGAUAAAAUUCUCUGAAAAGGAGGAGCAGGAGCAUAAUUUGGACGAGGAUGCUAAAAAAUUUUCAAACUCACAAAUAACAGAUAUCGCUAAUAAACUCAAAAAUUUCGAACACGACACAUGGAUGGAAUGUGCGUCGUCUAGAAUUUUUAGUAAACUUGCAAAGAUUUGUGAAGACAACGAAGAUUACUGCAAAACUGUUGUCGACAAGUUACAGGAUGAACUUAACAAUGCAGACCCAGAUAGCAGUUCAACGAUCGCCAUGGAGAACCUAAGCUACGGACUUACCGCUGCACUUUUAAAGAGUGGUAAAAUUGAUAUGGAAAAAGUUAAGAAACAAAUCCUAAAAGUAUCCAAGGAAGAAAUAAAAGAUAUGAGUGAACCUGUUAAAUCAACUGAAUCAGAAACAGAAAGCUCGGAAAGUUUAGAAACAGAGGACGAAGGAAAUAAAAAAGAAAGUGAAUAA